ACUUUGUCAGCAGUUUUUAUGCUCGCUUUGAUCAAAAAAAGGAAAUGCAAAAACAGUUUUACGAAAUUUGUCGUUUGGCUGUUGGGCUAUUCACAAGCGGAAAUCUCAAUCAGUCUUGCCGGCUUUUUCUAAACAGAAAGUUUAGCGAAAACGCAAACUUCUUUAAAAAUCUUUUUGAAAUAGGAAGAAGACACAAAAUUCUCAACCCUGAAAAAAUGAGAAGCGCAUAUGGGAAGUUAAUGUUUAUGCUUCAAGACGCCGUUGUUCGUGAAGGCGUUUCCAACUUCAAUGUUUAUAAAGAAAUUGAAACGGUGCACACUCUCCUAAGCCAAACUGGCGCGCUUGAUGUGCUGAAAGAUAAAGAUUUUAUGCUUGCGACUUGCGUUUUUCACAAGUCCAUGAACAUUCCGCUAUCCACGUUUAAUGACACUCGAGAGAAAGCGAGGAAGACCGUUUACCAGAAAUAUAGCGAGAAAGUAACAGUGGAAAAUAUUAAGCGCGUUAUUGAUAGCAUAACUGAUAAUAAUAGUUUCUUGGUGGGAAACCGGUUGCCUAUUGAUAAAAUGAUUAGCUUUCUCGACACCUUCUUUAAUCCUCGCCAUGAAACUUCAAAGACUUCUUUAAAAAUAACAUCUGGCGUAGAAGGCUCUUGUUUAUCACAUGAUCACGCUAAGCAAUACUCUUUUGUGCGGCAGUCGUUAUGUUUAUGGCGGAAUAUUCAGGAUGAAAUGUUCAAGUUAUGGAUUAUGGCCGACUCGGACUUGCUAAGUUCAGACUAUCAUUUGACUAACACAGGACAAGGCUUCAACAGAGUACAACCCGCUCCCAGCGUUACUCGUGCCAUGGCAAAUAUAUUGAAAAAAGUCAAAUCACACUGCAACGAAUUGUGGGUCGGUUUAAGCGUAGUUCAUUUGGGGGACAGAGAUGUUCCGAAUGCGCUAUUUUUGAUAGACAAGUAUACUCUCGUUCCUAAAAUUUUAAACCCUAUUGUCACGUGUCUGGAACAAAUCGAUGAACUGGCGAAUAAUAACAUUUGUAAAAAACUUUUGGAAAAGUUUGGAGGCGUUGAAGCCGCUAAAGUUGCUAUACUGAGGGACUUUUUUCGUCACGGCUUCGACGGGAGUGGUGAUGACGGAGGGUCGUGUGUGGAUGGUCGACUGACGAGCUGCUGGAAUUGGUGCUCCACCUUAGAAAAAAAACCAUACUUCCCGCUUUUUUUAAUUAGUGGCUUUAUCGGCUUCGAUGGACAUUUUAAGUCACUAUAA